AUGGGUAACUGCUGGGUCAGAGGGAAGACAUCCGUCUACGAGGAGUGUCAUCCAGUUCGAAGUCAGGAAUGUAGGUUGAUUCCUCUCAGCGGCGGCGGCGACAUGGCUGAAGGGAGUGAUGCGAGGGCGUGGGAGGAGCUGAUCCCCGAUGCCCUGGGCCUCAUCUUCCGCAACCUCCCUCCCCAAGAGAUCCUCACCGUUAUUCCUAGGGUCUGCAAAUCGUGGUCGCGGGUAGUGUUGGGCCCCUACUGUUGGCAGGAAAUCGACAUCGACGAGUGGAGCCAGCACUGCAAGCCAGAGCAACUCGAUAAAAUGCUUCACAUGCUCAUAGAUCGCAGCUGUGGCUCCUUCCGCAGGCUCAGUGUUUCCGGCCUCCAUACUGAGUCCAUGUUCACCUUAAUUGCAGACCAUGUUGGUUCCCUUCAGAGGUUGGAGCUUCCAAGAAGUGAAAUGAACGAUGCCAUUGUCAAACUUGUUGCACCAAGAUUGUGCAAUUUGACUUACUUGGAUGUCAGCUACUGCUCAAAGAUAGGUGCUUGUGCGAUCGAAGCGUUUGGAUCUCUCUCUUUCCGAUCCCGAUCACUACGCCCUCAUCGCUUCCGAUUCCUUCGUCAAGAUAACGUGGUAAGGAAAACUCGGCAUUUUACCCCGUCCAUGUAUUGGUGCAGCGUGACCGCGUUGUCAAAUUUGGCCAAGUGGUCAUCGAGGCGAGUCGUCCUCCCAGGGCUUCCUUUUUCUUGUGUGUCGAACGGGGUGUCUCAUCAGAGGAUGAUGCCUGAUCUCUAUCAGCCUGGCCCCUCUCUUCUGCCGGGGUCCAGAACAGCGCUCAACGCAAGGGGGACUAGUGCAUGA